AACUGUGGGAGUAUAGGAAAUAAUUAUGAUCAGUUCUUCUCAUAACUAGAAACAGCAGAGGAGCUGCCUGUCUGCAGCAGAGGAAUUUGAACUGCAACAGAGAGAAAAGGUGCAUGCAACUGACAGAGAAAGAUGUGGAAUGAAAAGAAGCCAAUAUCACCCAAAGCCAGAUAACUGAAAGUAGGGUCCCUGGAAGCUGACUAUCACUAUAGUGUAUCACAGGAUCCAACUUUCACCAGAUACUUUUGUUGAAGAAUCUAUUUUGUGGUUUCUCAUUCUAGAUCUUUCUUUGGUUUAACAAGCUAUACCAGACAGUGAUCAUCAAUGGCUGCUGGCCUGGAGAAAGCUUGUCACCGGUGCAUAUCUAAAAUUGCCAGCAAUGGUAGGUACUUACAGACUGUGAUCAAGUCAUCCCUUCACCUUCUCUUCGUUAAGCAUGCUUUAUUUUUGGACUUCUAGCUUUCCUUGCUUUACCACUGUCCAUGGCUUUUACAGGAAUGAAGUUUUUGGAAGACUGCCCACUUCAACCACUAAUUCCCUUAUAUCUGUUGGUGGGUGGUGUUGUCGGCAGUUUAAAGGUGACACUUCUGCUCUAUGACUCCACCAGGAUGAGGCAACUGCUUUCCAAAUCUGUCGUGAUUGAUGACGACGAUGACGAUGAGUAUCCAUGGCGGCAGAAUGCUCACAAAUACUACAUCCAUCUUACACUCAGCCUCUUCCUCUUUAUCUGGUUUAUUCUUGGGAACUAUUGGGUAUUUUCUGUCUACCUGCCAAAUUUCAUUCCACCUUUCCACCAGCCCCAGGAUUAUUGCGAUAAAACCCUGUACAUUUUUGCUGUUGGAGUUCUUAUCAUUAGCCAUACCGUGCUGUUUUUGCUUAUCUUUUGUAGCUUCUGUAUAUAUUGUUUUUCUAGGCGAAGAUAUGCUGCAGAAGAGGAUUAAAAGCCACAGAAAAUAAACCACAGCUGUUAGGUAAAGGGUGCCCAAUGAAAAACAAAAGGCAAUAAUUUACCAGUGUGUGUGUGUGAAUGUGUGUAUAUAUAUAUAUAUAUAUAAAACAGCAGCCAAUUAUACUGAGGAAAUUGUGGAAGCCAGUGCCAACUGGCUCUCUUAAUAUAAAACAUCAUAGUAUCAUAAAAUUACAGCCAUUUAUAGAUGGCAAGCUGCUCUCCCACUAACUUUUACACUUGUUUUGUUAGGGGUUUUAUCUGAAGUGUUGAAAUCUGCACCUGAGUACAAUAGAUAGCAAACUUCUCUCAAAUCUUAUUCUUAGACCCUUAUGGAUUCUGUUUCAGCAUAAUACAUUUUCCUCUCCAUCUGUAGAGGCAGUAUGUGGUCUAUCACUGUGGUUUCUAAGCUCCUCAAUAUUCAUUAGCCUUUUGAGGAUGUAUCAUUGUCCCUAAUUUACUGAUAGGGAACUGAGGCACAGAGAGAUUCAGUGAUGUAGCCAACGUUGCGCAGAAAGUCUGUGGCAAGAACUAAACCCAGACCUUUUGACUCAGUCCAGUGCCACAGCCACAAGAUCAUCCUUCCCUUCUGGCAGAAAAAGGGAAAGCAAAGUCUAUGUGGGACAACAUCACUUUAUCUAUUGUACAAUAUCAUUUAACAAUAUCAAGGUAGCACAAAGAGUGCUUUAAAGCCCCCUGAUGAUGUGCAGAGGGAAAAUGACUAUUUUAGUCAAUGUGACAAAAUGAUGUGGGGCAUGAUAUCAGUAUUACAGAUGAAUGUGUUUACUUUGGCAGUGCAUUGGUUGUGAUUUCAGGGGGUCCUUUUGAUUUGUUCUCCUUAAUGAUGUACAUGUGUAAAUCUAUAGUUAGUGAAUAGAUGUGAUGAAAGCAACUUUUAAGGCAGCAGAAGUAUCUGCUUUAGAAGCACCACCAUGCAUGGAGAAAGUUGUCCUGUGGUGUGUAAUGAAACUAAUUUCUUACUGGUCCUAGUAGAUGCUGUUUUUCUGUUGAUUAAUGCAUGUGACGUGCUCUUUCUGCUUUUGCUGUUAUGCAGUUACCUUAUUUAGAUGAUCAAAUCAAAAUUCUCCCUUUGCUUAGAUUUGACAUCUGCGCUCAAAUAUGCAGGCAUUCAGCAGCACCAAGAUAACAGAAUGUGGACAUGCAUUUUGGAUGUUCUUUUUAAUACCGUGCAGCCAAUAACCUCCCCCUGUACCACAUAGAAAUAAUACAAAAUUAGGUGUGCCUCUGUAAGGGAGAUGUUUGUAAAUUAACUUCUAUUUGCAGUUCAAUUUUUGAAAUGUCCCAUAGCUUAAUCUGAUCCAUUUGGGAUCAAGGCUGAACUUUAUGUAAAGUUUUAAGCAACAGUUCUGCCUUCAGCCAUGAACACACAACUCUUAAUAAAGUCAGUGGCAAUUGCAUAUGGAGCUUGGGACACAAUUGAGUCCUUAUUGCUCAAGCCCUGGUACAAAGAAGUGCAUGUUAGAAAAGGGUCACAAGUCAUUCCACACAGUUCGGUUGUUAUAUAGGACAGGGAACAAGAGAUAGCAUUGUCUUAUAAGUGGCUCAGUAGGGAAUUAUUGAGGCUGCCCUGUCCUUGCUGGUAUGGUUUGUUCCAGCAAGUCAGAGCUAGAGUUAGGCUGGAGUGUACGAUUCCCUAGCCCUUGAGCAGCCAUUCGAAAGACGCUAUAAUUUGAUUGGCUGUGCUCAGGAGUGCAGGGAAGAGGGACACCUAACAGUGCUGGCAGCACUUACUGGUUCAGAGGGUUCAUGUCUGUUCAGAGGUGUGGCCCUGGUAUCCCUUCCCAUGUUCCAUGCACCCAAGACAAGAGAGGUCCAGAUAAGGAGAAUGAGCCACACUUUUCCAAAGUAUAUAAAGACUUGCUCUCACCACACUCACCACAGUCUCUCUAGAGGAAUUUGACAUUGCCUAAGCAUCAUUCUCAUCACUGAUGGAAUGCUCGAAUUGCUCUCCAUCCCCCCUGGUGCUCCAUGGGCUCAUAAUUUUGGCUAUUGGAUUCCACUACUGAUCCCAGAUCUGCUCCAUAAAACUCAGAUCAUCCCAUCUGAAUAAUUUCAUAUUACAUGUACAGGACCUUUCAUUCAUAAAGCUCCCUAAGUACUUUUCAAAUUUUACAUAAGUGGGAAUCCCUUCACCCAUUACUGGCAUGCAACCAUCUCUGAGUCACACACAGCAGCUGUUUAUCAAUGCACAACAAGAUUACACAAAAUGUUAGGACACAAAGUGAAGAAAAAUACUAUAUUCAAUUGUUACUGCACUGGGAGUUUAAAAAGGCAGGAGAUAGUUACCCAAACUACAUUCAUAAGACAGAAGAAUCAAGCACUAAUAGUUUCUAUUGUUGCAAAAAGUUCUUAGGAUCUUUAAUGGUCACACAUAGUUAAGUCUCAUUUAUAAGACAGCAGGACUGGUUCUCAAUUGUCUUUCACUUUGGGCUUAAUUCUUUAGUAGCCAGGAACCUUUUGUGGCCAUUUAGGCCUUUACACAGUGACUAUAAAAUGCUUCCAAAUCAGACUGAUAGGGUUUUACACUCAGCACAGGAGCUGCAGAUCAAGUGUGAACACUACCAUCAUUAUGAGAUGAGAAUUUGGAUUUGCUAGUGGUUUGCAUACAUCUUAUCCAGAAAUAAAAGUCUGCGUGGGAUGGAAGGUGUGCAUAUGAACACCUCCAAAACCUUGCAAAGGCACUGGUUCUGAUUCAGAUUUAAACACACAAAGUCACCAACACCCCAUCCUUCAGCAUCCGGGGUUGUCCCAGGUCAUGUCCCACUCAGGUAUUAGCAAAGCUUGACCCUGCUUAGUUUAUAACAGCUGUCAAGUUUGCAACCCAAAGUUUAAUCAGUGAAGAUACAAAAUAUACCUUUUGUUAACAUUUUGAAUAUUUUGUAAUUUGAGGGAUAAAAUUACAGUAGUUUGAAUAUCAGCCAUGUCCUUCCUUAAUUGUAAUUUCGUCUUGAAAUGAAACAAAUAACGAUUAAGCUAAUUCUCUUGAACCAGCCAACAUUAUAAAUGGGGUAGAGGAAAUCAGUUGCAAUUGUGCUUUUUAAAUCAUCUUCUCUUCUGGAUAAAGAAAGGUCUAUUUGUAGCUUUUAAAAGAAAAAUAUCCAUAAUUUCCAGAUGGCCUGUGGGAGGCAAAGAAGGGGUUGCUAAAGGCAGGGAGACUCUCCCAAAGAGUUGAGGAAAAGACCUGAUCUAACUGUUGGAUUUAUAUUUUACUGUUUAACUGGGUUUUUGCUGAUGGUUGUUGGUGCCAUGAAUACAUAAAUCCCUGAGAAAAAGGGCUUGGAACACUCUGCUUUGGCACAUGUUCUUUCCUGUGCUGGGGAGACAGGCCAACAUCCUAUACACAUGGAAUAUGUCAAUAAUAUGCCACUAGCAAUACAAACUUUGUUCUUGUGGCUUGAGAUUCCUGAUAUUCCUAUGAAGUAGCAGUUAGAUAUCUAUUAUGUCUACACUGCAAGCUUAUUUCGGAAAAAGCUAUUCUGGAAGAUAUCUGCCCAAAUAGUUUAUUUUGAAAUAGAGUGUCCACACUACAG